CAAUCGUCGCGAUAUUAAUCCGUACAACUCCAACGAUCACCAAAAAAAAACAGGCAACAAAAGUUACGCUUUUAAAAAAACCUCCAACCAUGUCCUCAAACCAUACAUCACCAACCCCUCCCAAAUCUGCCUACACAUUCCCGCCCGAUCUCCUCAAAUACAACGUAUCUAUCACAGAAUACAUCGACUCCCAACCCGGUUUAAGUGCCUUGAUCGUCGGUACCGUCGUCUUCCACCCCGAAUCCUCGGACAGGCUGCUGCUCAUCCAACGCGCGGCGUCCGACUUUAUGCCGAACCUGUGGGAGACGCCCGGUGGCAUGGCCGAGGCGGACCGCGACCGCACCGUGCUCGACGCUGCCGUCCGUGAGCUGCACGAGGAGUCGGGACUGGAGACGGCUCACGUGCGUCGGCUGAUCGACCUGUACGAGUUCAAGGCUAGUGAUGGGCGCAUGUUCCACAAGCUUACUUUUGAGGUUGAGGUGCGGGGUGAUGGGGGUAAUCGGGGGCAGGAGGGCAGCGCGGCUUGCUGUCCUAGGGUGAAGCUUGACCCUGAAGAGCAUCAGGAUUUUGUAUGGGUCACCGAGCAAGAGUACCGCGCUGGGUGGGCGGGCGAAAGGAGGUUGGCAAUCACGCAUCCGAACCAAGAGCUCACGCUCGACCGCGCGUUUAAGGCGAGGAGAGAUGAGCAAAAGCCUAUCAACUGAGAUCAAUACCUUUUUUCGCGAUAAAUUUGAAAGUAUAAAUAUCUAACCUUUCCUGAAGCUUCA